AUUAAGUUUUUUCCCACUUUGGCUCCACGAAGUUUCAGUGACGGGGGCAUCACUGCAGCGCACUGAAGGGAAGGAAAGAACAGAAGGGAAAAGAAGGGAGAGAGGUGCCCCAUCCAUCCAUCUAUCCAUCCACUGAAUGUUCCCGCAGGACUUUAUUAACGUAUGGCUGCAUGAGAGGCUUUGAGCUCUCGCGCUCUCUCUCUCCGGGACUGUUGGGUUACUGCUUCUGUCCUGAUUUUAAGCAGUUGUCAUAAUAAUAUAACCGAACUCUUCGCGUCAGGACGGGCGCAGGUGGUCAUGGAUACACCUAUCAGAUGGAAAGUAAAGCGGAGGUUUAAGGAGGUGCGGCUGUGUGUACUCCUAGUAUUCCUGAUGUUUGUCACCUCACGAGUCAGCGCAGAGCACACGUGUAGCAGGGCAAUGCAGAAAAGAUGGUGGACUUGAUCCGCAGCCAGACUGGCAGGAAUGCACAGCAACACUCACUGCUUCCACGACAUGUGGUCUGACAGUGAUAUCAUGCAGUGGGCGGGACUAACCGAAUGGCAUCUCUGAGCCAGCCGAUCUCCUAAAGAUUUUAGAUUUUCACAGUUUGCCGGAGGGUGUAACGAAAACUACAGGCUUCUGCACACACCGGAAGUCAUCAAAAGGGCCUGAUGUUGCCUACAGAGUCACAAAAGAUGCACAGCUUAGCGCUCCUACUAAACAACUCUACCCCUCAUCCAUGUUUCCUGAGGACUUUUCCAUCUUGGCGACGGUGAGGCCGAAGAAAGGCAGUCAGUCCUUCCUGCUGUCGGUGUAUAACGAACAGGGCAUCCAGCAGCUCGGUCUGGAAGUGGGACGCUCUCCUGUCUUCCUGUACGAGGAUCACCUCGGCAAACCCGGCCCGGAGGACUACCCGCUCUUCAGAGGGGUCAACUUGGCAGACGGAAAGUGGCACCGUGUGGCGAUCAGUGUUCACAAACAGAGCAUCACUCUGGUUUUGGACUGUAAGAAAAAGGUGACACGGACACUAUCCAGAAGCCCUCACCCCAUCAUCGACACCAAAGGCAUUGUGGUCUUCGGGACGCGUAUCCUGGAUGAGGAGGUGUUUGAGGGUGACAUCCAGCAGCUGAUGAUUGUAUCGGACCAUCGCGCUGCGUUUGACUACUGUGAGCACUACAGCCCCGACUGUGAGGUUCCUGCGCCUGAACAGCCCCAGAACCAAGACCCAAACACUGAUGAAUAUAACACAGAGGAUGACAACUACUAUUACGAAUAUCCAUACUAUGAGGACAUGGAUGCUGAAAAGACCACAACUGGUGAAGAAACGACAACCGAUGAAACGACUGGAACCGAAACUGAAGACCUAUCGGUGUCUGUUCCGGAUAGCGGUCGCGUGGUUACGUCGGUUAUCACUAGUGGAACAGGAGGCUCCAGCAGUUCCUCGAGUAGCUCCUCGUCCUCCUCUUCUUCAUCCUCCAGCUCUACCACGACUACUGGCGAGGAACCGUACGACGGCUACGAUGGAUACGAGACAUACUAUGAUGAGUCCACCUCGCAGCCUGAUGGCUCCCGGACCGUCAGCAUCUCUAGCACAGGCACGGGUACCGGCGGAGAAGUGGAUAUCGGACUGGGCAGUGAAGUGGAUUUGGGACUGGGAGGAGACCUGGACAGGCGGAUCAUCACAUCAUCAUCAUCAUCGUCGUCAUCAUCAGGAGGAGGAGGAGCAGGAGGAGGAAGUGGAAGAGUGCACUCAACUGUCACAGUCAUUCACAAUGGAACCUCCGGCUCUGUUUCCAGCUCCGGCUCCGGCACCGGCUCUAGCACCAGAGUCAUUACUAGCUCCGGCUCCGGCUCCAGCUCCGGCUCCAGCUCCAGCUCCAGCUCUGGAGUCAGAACCGGCUCCAGCUCCAGCUCUAGCUCUACCUCUACCUCGGUUGAUGGUGGUUAUGAUGAUACCCAGUACGGCGAGGGUUUUGAUCUGACCUAUGGAGAGGGAUAUGGAGAAGGAUACGGAGAGGGAGAUUAUACCGUGGAAGGAGGCGGCAGCAGCAGCACUUCAGUGUCCGUCGGAGGCGGGUCUGUAUCAGUCGGGGGCGGUUCUGUUUCCGUUGGAGGCGGGUCUGUUUCUUCGAGUGGCUCAGCUGGGGGCGGAUCCGGCAGCGCUGGGGCCAGCGCGGGGGCGGGGUCUGUUGCCACGGGAGGACAGGGAGGAAUCGGUGGAGAGGCAGAUUCCUUCGAUAUCGACAAGUUCAAGGAGGAGUCCAUCACAGAUUACACCGACGCAGAACUGGAGAAGAUGUAUGGUUAUGACGACCUGUACACCGACGGCGACAAAGCACUGCCCGCAGAGACCGACGAGAUCUACGGACAGGUGGAUGGACUGAGGGGAGAGAAAGGCCAGAAAGGAGAGCCUGCCAUCAUUGAACCCGGAAUGCUGGUCGAAGGCCCACCUGGUCCAGAGGGUCCCACAGGUCUCCCCGGUCCUCCAGGUUCAUCAGGACCCCCAGGUAGCUCUGGAGAUCCCGGUGAGAGGGGUCUUCCUGGUCGCCCUGGUCUGCCUGGAGCCGACGGUCUUCCAGGACCUCCAGGGACUGUCCUGAUGUUGCCUUUCCGCAUGAGUACAGGAGGCGACAGCGGACACAAAGGUCCUGCCGUUUCUGCCCAAGAGGCUCAGAUGCAAGCCAUCAUGCAGCAGGCCAGGCUGGCGAUGAGGGGUCCAACCGGACCCAUGGGUUUGACGGGCCGUCCCGGUCCUCUGGGUUCUCCUGGUGUUUCUGGACUGAAAGGAGAGUCUGGGGAAUCAGGACCUCAGGGUCCUCGUGGUCCACUGGGAUCCGUAGGCCCUCCUGGAAAGCCUGGUAGAAGGGGUCGACCCGGCUCAGAUGGAGCCAGAGGAAUGCCUGGACAGACAGGAACAAAGGGUGACCGAGGAUUCGAUGGGCUCGCUGGUUUGCCUGGAGAAAAGGGUCACAGGGGUGAGACGGGUCCUCAGGGGCCACCUGGGCCUCCAGGAGAGGAUGGAGAAAGAGGCGAUGAUGGUGAGGUCGGACCCAGAGGUCUGCCCGGAGAAUCGGGUCCUCGUGGUUUGUUGGGCCCCAAAGGUCCCCAGGGGGCCCCAGGACCUCCCGGUGUGACUGGUAUGGAUGGACAUCCUGGACCUAAAGGAAACAUUGGUCCUCAAGGUGAGCCAGGUCCUCCAGGACAACAAGGCAACCCCGGAGCUCAGGGACUUCCAGGUCCUCAGGGGGCGAUCGGACCUCCAGGAGAGAAGGGUCCCACUGGAAAACCAGGCUUACCAGGAAUGCCAGGAGCCGACGGACCUCCGGGCCACCCAGGAAAAGAAGGGCCAUCCGGAGAGAAAGGACAUCUGGGACCUCCUGGUCCUCAGGGGCCGAUCGGAUAUCCUGGGCCUCGAGGUGUUAAGGGUGCUGAUGGAGUCCGCGGGCUGAAAGGAAACAAGGGUGAAAAGGGAGAAGACGGAUUUCCGGGAUUUAAGGGAGAUAUGGGCAUCAAAGGCGACAGGGGAGAACUUGGUGCUGCUGGACCCAGAGGUGAAGACGGGCCUGAGGGACCCAAAGGAAGAUCCGGUUUACCUGGAGAUCCUGGACCACUCGGGACGACCGGAGAGAAGGGUAAGCUCGGUGUGCCCGGGUUGCCAGGUUAUCCAGGAAGACAAGGCCCCAAGGGUUCUCAAGGAUUCCAGGGAUUCCAAGGAGCCAGCGGAGAGAAAGGCGCGAGGGGGACAGCAGGAAAGGCGGGACCCCGAGGACAGAGAGGACCCACGGGACCCCGUGGUGAAAGAGGGCCGAGGGGACCAACUGGUAAAGCAGGACCAAAGGGCAACUCAGGAAGCGAUGGCCCCCCAGGACCACCCGGUGAACGGGGUCCGUUGGGAUCAGCGGGACCUACUGGAUUCCCCGGCCCUAAGGGUCCACCGGGUCCUGCCGGAAAGGACGGGCUGCCCGGACACCCUGGCCAAAGAGGAGAGACUGGUUUCCAAGGUAAAACUGGACCUCCCGGACCCCCAGGUGUAGUCGGACCUCAGGGACCAACAGGUGAGACGGGACCAAUGGGAGAGCGAGGCCACCCUGGACCCCCAGGACCACCCGGUGAACAGGGUCUACCUGGACCAGCAGGAAAAGAGGGAGCAAAGGGAGAUCCAGGUCCUGCAGGACCCACAGGUAAAGACGGACCUCCAGGACUCCGAGGGUUCCCAGGCGAGAGAGGUUUACCAGGCCCUGCGGGGUCAGCAGGUUUGAAAGGGACUGAAGGACCUCCAGGGCCACCUGGACCCGCUGGUUCUCCUGGUGAACGUGGUCCUGCUGGCGCAGCUGGACCUACCGGGCUCCCAGGCCGACCCGGACCUCAAGGACCACCGGGCCCUGCUGGAGAGAAAGGUGGACCUGGCGAGAAAGGACCUCAAGGCCCAGCUGGUAGAGAUGGUAUUCAGGGACCUGUGGGACUUCCAGGCCCGGCCGGACCCAUCGGACCCCCAGGAGAGGACGGUGAUAAGGGCGAGCUUGGAGAGCCGGGACAGAAGGGAAGCAAAGGUGACAAGGGCGAGCAGGGUCCUCCAGGGCCCGUCGGUAGCCAAGGUCCUCCGGGUCAGCCGGGUCCAUCUGGUGCUGAUGGAGAGCCAGGUCCCAGAGGUCAGCAGGGUCUGUUUGGGCAGAAGGGAGAUGAGGGUUCACGAGGCUUCCCAGGACCACCCGGACCCAUCGGCCUUCAGGGUUUGCCUGGACCCCCGGGUGAGAAGGGAGAGACCGGUGACGUCGGUCAGAUGGGUCCACCUGGUCCUCCUGGCCCCAGAGGCCCCUCCGGACCCCCAGGAGCCGAUGGACCACAGGGACCCCCGGGAGGAAUCGGCAACCCAGGAUCCGUGGGAGAAAAGGGAGACGCCGGUGAAGCAGGAGAACCAGGCCCACAUGGUGACGUCGGCCCUCCAGGUCCAAGAGGCGAGCGAGGAGAAAAGGGAGAAGCCGGACCCGCUGGUUCUGCUGGGCCCCCCGGACCAAAAGGACCACCAGGAGAUGAUGGUCCUAAAGGAAGCCCUGGUCCAAGUGGUUUCCCAGGUGAUCCUGGUCCUCCUGGAGAGCCUGGUCCACAUGGUUUGGAUGGUGCUUCUGGAGAUAAGGGUGAUGAUGGAGAGCCUGGUCAGCCAGGAUCCCCUGGACCUACUGGUGAAACUGGCCCCACUGGACCUCCAGGAAAGAGAGGACCUCAUGGACCUGCUGGACCUGAAGGAAGACAGGGAGAGAAGGGUGCCAAGGGUGAAUCUGGUCUUCUGGGUCCACCUGGUAAGACAGGUCCAGUUGGUCCUCAGGGAAGCCCUGGAAAACCUGGUCCUGAGGGUCUGAGAGGUGUGCCUGGACCAGUGGGAGAACAAGGACUGCCCGGUGCUACCGGACCCGAUGGACCUCCUGGACCGAUGGGUCCUCCUGGACUGCCUGGACUAAAGGGAGAUACUGGUAUUAAAGGUGAAAAGGGUCAUCCUGGUCUCAUUGGACUCAUCGGACCUCCAGGAGAACAGGGAGAGAAGGGAGACAGAGGGUUGCCAGGUCCACAGGGAACUGGAGGACCUAAAGGAGACACUGGUAUUUCAGGACCUGCUGGACCUAUUGGACCCAUUGGACCUCCUGGUCUCCCGGGUCCUCCUGGUCCUAAAGGUGCUAAAGGAUCAUCUGGUCAGACUGGACCAAAGGGAGAAACUGGAGUGCCAGGACCUCCUGGAGCUCCCGGUCCACCUGGUGAUGUCAUCCACCCUCUGCCCAUCCAGUCCAGCCACAAACGGGCAAAGAGGAAUAUUGACGCCAGCCAGAUGAUGGAUGACGCUGCAGAUGCCAACUACAAAGACUAUGAGGACGGCAUGGAGGAGAUAUUCGGCUCUCUGAACUCGCUCAAACUAGAGAUUGAACAGAUGAAACACCCGCUGGGCACACAGAGUAACCCCGCCCGCACCUGCAAAGACCUGCAGCUGUGCCACCCAGAUUUCCCAGAUGGUGAAUACUGGAUUGAUCCGAACCAGGGCUGCUCCAGAGACUCUUUCAAAGUGUACUGUAACUUCACAGCAGGUGGAGAGAGCUGCAUCUUCCCUGAUAAAAAGAGUGAAGGGGCCAGACUCACCUCUUGGGUGAAGGAGAAUCCAGGGUCGUGGUUCAGUGAAUUCAAACGUGGUAAACUGCUCUCAUACGUGGAUGCGGAGGGAAAUCCGAUCGGAGUGGUCCAGAUGACGUUCCUGCGUUUACUCAGUGCCACGGCUCGGCAGAACCUGACCUACAACUGUUACCAGUCGGUGGCUUGGCACGAUCAGGACGUGGACUCUUACGAUAAAGCCAUCCGCUUCCUGGGUUCCAAUGAUGAGGAGAUGUCUUACGAUAACAACCCGUACAUCAGAGCCGCCGUCGACGGAUGCGCGUUGAAAAAGGGUUAUGAAAAGACUAUUCUUGAGAUCAACACACCAAAAGUGGAGCAGGUACCAUUUGUUGACAUUAUGUUCAACGAUUUCGGCGGAGCGACGCAGAAGUUCGGCUUUGAGGUCGGACCGGCCUGCUUCAUCGGCUAAGACUGCUCAGCGAGCACACGCGAACAAAACAUAUUCAUUUUCUCCGAAAACAAAACACAAGAAAGAAAUAGGACGACUUAUUUGUAAAGUUUUGUGUUUCCAAACAAACCCAACAGAUACCAAAGUAAGGAUAAAAGAAAUUGGAAGAAAGAAUGGAUGUCCAAACAAUGGGUUUUUAUAACAGAGCAACCUUUUUAACCUCAGUGUACCCUCUGCAUCACAUGCAAGUUUUGAAACUGGAUGAGGUCAUCACUCAUGUCUCUCCCAGCCCCGCCCACUUUACGCUCACCCGACUCUUCGCCCCUCCCACUGGCUGUAUAGACAGAUUAGAUCCAUCCUUUUAUUUCCCUCCUCUUCUUGGACUCGUCCGGUUCGGCCUUUCUCGUACGAGAAAUCUUUUCCGUUGGUUUGUUUGCUUGGGUUUUAUGUUGUUCCUCUUUCCACUUCUAAGCUUUGUUUUUUUGUGCAUACUUGUCUUCCAUUCCCUGGAAUGGUGAUUAUAUAUAUAAAUAUAUAUAAAUAUUUUUUUCUAUGUUUGUAAGUACUUUCUGUAUAUUUUUUUUCCGGUGAAGUGUUUUUUUUUGUUUUGGUUCUGGCUUCAAAACAUGCAUGUGAACCCAUUGAGCGAUAAGGACAGAGCUGCUGGUUAUUGGAAAAAAAACCAAAAUAAAAUAUCCCCCCAAAUAAGAACCUGAGGAAAUUUCCAGUGAAUCUGAAGAAGAGAAAAUAAAGGAAAUGAUUAAAAUACGACAAAACAGCAACAAAAUGUCUUAUUCCAGAUGUGAACAACGUCUUUUUGUAAUUUAAACAACAAAAUGACAAUAAAAGUACGAAACAGCCGUAAUGUGAGCAUUAAUUUGCUACCUGUCAUGUUGAAGUGGCUUCCGUGGGUCUGUGAGAUCGCGACCCGCGUGUAUGAGGGGAAACUUUGAUCUGACGUUCAUGAAUCGGUGCUUCCCUGUAUCAGAAGAGCACACCAUCACACUGAGGAAACACAAUAUCGGUAAACUAGGUGCUAUUUCCUUCUGUCUGUGGUGCUAAAAAUAUAUACCUUUUUUUUCCUGUACUUGUUUGUUGUAAUUGAAAACGGCUCUGCGGUGAUGCCCAAGCGGUUCCACGUCUUCUGUCAAAGUCCUAGCUUUGCUUCCCAAGGUGGGGAGUAUUUUUAUGCAUGCCGUAAAAUCAUAUUCAUUUAUAGAUGAGAACACGUUUUUCUUCUGUUAUCAUUCCUCAUGUCCAGAUUGUUAUAUGGAGAUAAUUUAUGGUCCUCCAAAGGCUUUAGCUUACACUUUACAUUACAACGUUCUAUUCACACGAUCUGAAAUGGUUAAACGGAGCACAAUUACUGUUAAUGCUGUUGUGAUUGAGGCAUCGCGUGUAAUGUAAAGUGUUACUCUAGCUAACAGAAGCGAUGGAAAUGAAAUGCCUUUUCACGCACUAAAAGUUUUAGCAUUUAAAACCGCUCUGGAGAAUUAGCUUGGGACCUUUUCGGAGGGUUCUGUGAAUAUUUUAACCAAAACGCUUAGAGGAAUGAAUAGUUAACUUGACUGCCGAUUUCAGCUUUCCUUCCAAAGAGAUUUCUCUUAAUUUAAGAGACUUGAAGACCAAGAAUCAGAGUGUCUUGUGUGAUUAUUCAAGUAUGUUGUACAUUACAGAAUUUCGCUAGCGUAUAUUCCUUCACCUGUCAGAAUUUGUUGUCAUUGACUAGAGCCAUCUUGUUAUUCAUCUAUCACAACUUUUGCCACUAGACAUUUUCCUGCACUCUUUUGUUCUGCUUUUUGACCACUAGACCUGCUACUGCAAGAUCUUGCUCUAAUUUUUGAUUAAAUAUGACUUGAACUGUUUCUUUUAAGAGGAUUCAACAUGGAAUAUGCGGUUUUGACACGAAACAAAUUUCAACCGAUUCUUCUGUAAAUUUCAAAACCAGCAGUAAUGCUGCCAAUAAAGUUUAUUCUGUUUUGUUUUUUUGUCUUUGUAAUGUUUGUUUGUUUGUUUGUUUUUGCGGUCGUGUCAAACCUGUGUACGAGAAGAUAGAAGAGAUAUUGGUUUUGUGUCAAUAAAUUCAGGUUUACUGUGUCCA